AGAAUCCGGAUAACUUCCAAGUGAAGUUCUUGGUAAGCAAUUUAAAUGGAAGCUGUUACUAUAUAAUAAGCUACUUCAUAGAGACAGCGAAGCAUAAAAGAACCGGCAAAAAAUUUCUGCAGAAUGGCAAUACCUCCUGAAUCCUUUAAUCUUCUUCCUCUAAAUAAUUUGAUACCCACUACUUAUAAUUUGUUGAUGAAAAAUGAAAAAAAAGAGCUUCAGCUACUAUCUGAUGCGGCAAUGGCAGAAGAAUUGCAGUUUCAAGAAAGUCUGAAGGCCUCUUUGCUCGCUUGUCAAAUACCAUCACUCGAAGAGAUCAAAGUACAAAGAGGUGAAUCAUCUAUUAGUUUUUGUGAAAUUUGCAAAGAAGGGAAAGAAAAAGAUAAGCUUUUCAAGAAUGGGAAAUGUGGUCACUCAUUUUGCUUGGAUUAUUGUCUAAGCAAUUAUUUAGAGGCAAAGAUCAAAGAGGGAUUCAAUAUUGUCACUUGUCCAGGCUUAAAUUGUGAUUAUGUUCUAGAAUUGGAUUCUUUUAAGCAUUUGCUCUCCAAGGAUGUGCUCAAUUUGUGGGAAAGGGCAAUGUCCAUGGAUUUUACUUGCAGCAAAGAAUUGCAUCUGAAGACUAAUUCAGAGAAUGUCAAAAAACCUGCUAAUAGUGAUUCAGAUGAAUUACCUGAUACCGAUGAUUACGAUUCUGAAGCAAGUCCAAGAAAAGUUGAGACUUGCAAGAAGAGCAAGUGGUUCAAGAAAUUUCUUAAGGAACUAGAAUGUUUGAGCUUUGAAGAGAUCAAAAACCAAGCCAGACAAUGGCACUGCCCAGUAUGUCAAAGAGGUGGAGGUGCCACUAAACAGUACUUGGGCCUGCAGCCCCUCAUUCAGCAUGCUAAAACCAAAGGGUCUACAAGGAUUAGGCUCCACAGAGAGCUUGCACAAUUGCUGGAAGACAAGUUGCAUUCUAAUGAUCAGCAGGCAAUUUCUGCAACUAUAAUUCAAGAAGCAGCAAGUCCAAAAUGCAAAGGUUUAAGCAAUAAUAACAAAGAUUUUGAGAUGGUUUGGCCUCCUAUGGUUGUAAUUGCUAAUACAACCUACAAAAAGGAUGAGAAUCAUAAGAGGAUUGGCAUGACAAGUGAAGAGCUGCUAGAAAUGUUCAGUUCAUAUGAUGGUAUUGUGAGAGUUCAACACCCUUACAAUUGCAAGGGACAUAGUGGAUUCAGCAUCUUAAUUUUUGAAAGCUCAGUAAAGGGUUAUUUAGAAGCAGAGCGUCUAACUCUACAUUUUGUAAGGGAGGGAAUAGGCAGAGAUGAUUUCCUUAACCGGCGGCUCUUUAACUUAUCAGCUGAACAGCACCAACUUUAUGGUUACAUGGCAGUAAAAGAAGAUGUUGAUUUCUUCAAUAACAACCUUUUUAAAGGUAAGGUUAAGCUGAAAUAUGAGAUGAGAUCAUAUCAAGAAAUGGUGGUGAAUGGAAUCAGGCAAAUGACAGAAGAGAAUCAUCAGCUUCAGUGGUUAAAGAACAGAGUCUCUGAGCAGGAAAGGCAUACUAAAGAGCUUGAAGAAUCCAAUUCCAUGUUGAAGGAAAAGCUGCAAAUGUUAACCAAGGAGACGGAUAAUCUGAGACAUCAAGCAAAACAGCAUCAUGAGCAGAGCAUGGAAGAGAUCAAAUUUAUAGAACAAUUCUACAAGGACCAAAUCAGAACAAUUCUUGAAGGAAGAAAUGAAAACGAUGGAGAUAUUGGGAAUAUAAAGCAGGAGAAAUAUGAAGAACAAGAAAAUUUAGAGGAGUCAAAUGCAAAUCUUCCAAGCAUAAAUUGUUGCGAAAACAGUUCUGGAUGCAGAAAUCAGGAAAUUACAGAACAACACAAGGAAAAGGUAGUAAUGGCAGAGAGCUCUCAAUCGCCAGCAAUACAAGAAAUGGUAAAUAUAGCUCCCGUUAUGACGGAGGAAACAAUGAUUAGGCCGGAAAUAGGGAGGAGACGCCAGCUUAUGCCAGCUUCUGGUAGUGAAGAACGCCAUGAGUACAUAGAGAAGUUGAGGCAAAUGCUAUUGGGAAAAAUGCCGUUAAUUGGGUUACUGGGGAAGAAGUGGAAGUCUUAGUAAUACGAGUAACAAAUUGGAAGCAUGUUUCAAAGUGACACGAUGCCGUAUUGUUUGCACGAUGUCGUAUUGUUUGCUUAAUUCAUAUUUUGUGAAACUAAUAUAUGUAAAAAUUGUGUUUUAUUAAUUAUUAUUUUAGGUGACA